AUGCCAGCAUACCGACUCUUGCCUCGCAUUCAAGCAUCGACGUUGGAUGCAUUCAGAAAGGACAUCUACAGACCUCGGUUAGCGCUCUGCAUCUUGAUUCUCUUCCUCGCUUCUUCGCCAAGCUCUGGUCCAGGCAGCAAUGAUGGGCAUCUGUCGCGGGAUGUAGGGCUGAAUGCUAAGCGUGAGUGUCCGCUGCUCGAUCUCGCCAGCCAUGGUUGCGUUGCUAGCACGUCCAAGCACCCACACGCGCUGACCAGUCUGCUUUAUCCGCUUCUUCCAUAGCACAAGCCGCAGUAGUCGCACCACAACCAGCAAUGGCAUCGAGCAGCGUGCCCGAAACUCACGACCGAACGAGCGCAAGUGGACCCGCAAGUCUCCUGUCAUCCAUCUACUCCUCUCUCCCUCUGCGCGCCAUCCGUGGAGCCUCCAGUCGUCCCCAGCCAGCGCACAGCGCAGCUACCAAUUCGGCGCAGAGAUUGCACACACAGAGCAAGCAGCAGCGCAUCAACGACGACACUGAUGGUACGGGCAACGAUGGAACAAUUCGGUCUCUCAUGAAGCAUGUACGCUCAAAGAAGCAGGCAGAGUCCAAGGAAGGUGCUAGACCAGGCGACAAGUCACUCCGGACCAAAUUGGCCCACAGGAAUACCUCGACGCGCACAUCCUCUACGUCCAAGUCCAGUUCAGGACACUCCACAUUCAGAAUACCGGUUCCCAGUCUUGAGAUUCUGCUCCACGCUCAGGUAUUGCCAGCCUUAUUGCCUCUGCACCUUAUCUGGGCACUUAGAUUAGCUGGCAUGUGUGUCGAGGAUUCCAUUGCGACUGUGAGUGGGAGAGCGGAGGACCCUUCCUUGACUCCAAAACGCUGCCUUGCUUGGAGACUCGCGCGUUGACGCCCUUGAACCGCCGCUUCGAUAUUGCAGGGCUCGUCUACCUUUUCGAGUCGCUCCAGAUUCUCAUCCGCGGCUUUGGCAGCGAUCGGCGUCAGUCUGCUGCUCGUGGCCUCUCCAUGGUUCAGCGGGGUACUUGAGACGUUGAGCGCACAAUGGACUGGCUGGCCAGACGCAGAGGCCGCAUCUCUGUUACCGCUGCAUAUAUUCGUCUGUUUGGAGGUGAGCAUCUGUUAAGAGCACCGACUCCACUGUCGUCGCUAAGAACUUCGACCUCUCGCUUCUCAGGCUCUCGCAGCUCUUCUUUCGCUUGGUCUUCCUCUGCUCAAAGUUCCACCGCCUCAGCCUUUGCCUUUCAACAUUCCCCGCACUAUUCAUCUUCCUUCGCCAUCGCAUUCACCCGCGUUACUAGAAUUCGUCCUACCGUUCUUGCCUCCUGGUGUCAUUGACAUCUUGGCGGGGCGCAACACGACGAGGACCGGAAGACGAGGGAGGGGCCGCCCUGCUGGAGGUCGAUAUGUCGCCCAAGCUGCUUCGCCGCGUUUUGUGCAGCAGCCGCCACCAGUUGCUCCACCGACCAUUCCUACGGCAUCGGGUGUCAGCACUGCUGUGGCCGCCGGCGCCUUGCCCGACCAGCCUGGUGCGUCGUCAAUGCACCCCCGAUCGAUGACAUCUGAAUCGUCGAGCCCUAGGGCGUCACAGGCAACGAGCGACCCGACGGCCUCUCUUGGUCCCACAGCACGCUCGAAAGCAAUGCGGCUUUCGCAUCAAAGGGUGCUUGUGUCCACGGCAUGGGUAGGAGACACUUGCAUCUCUCUCUGGGAUCGAUUCACCGGCGCUCUGAUCUAUGCCGUCCUGGUCCUAUCUUUGCCCACGCUUUCGCCGGCCAGUCUAGCGCCUCUCUUAGCCCUUCUAGCUCUCCGAUCCGAGCUGGGUAGACUCGUGGACGCUUGGUCCAGCGCUAGAUCUGCUGCCGAGUGUUUGGAAUUUGUGAGGAGACGGUGGGGAGCCAGGAAAUGCAUGGCGAGGGCGAAAGCAGUCGUCGCCGCCGCCCAAACAUCUGCACGAAACGCAGAAAACGCUGCGCAGAAGGCGGAAAGCGAGUCUGCGCAACACGGAGAGCAGAAGAUCAACAAGGAGACGAUCAGGUCGCUUAGGGAACGAGCGACGAGGAAGAGAAAUCAAGCUGCCAAAGAAACGGCAAAGUGGGCCUGGAGCAACAAGUCGGAGGCAGAGGUGCUAGAUCAGACCUGCAGCGUCUGCUUUGAGUCUGUCCUGCCUGGAUACGCAUCCUCCUCCUUCAGCCGUAGCAAGACAGAAGAUGGAGCCGAUCCUACUCUGAACCAUUCGCAGACAAGCCUCGACUCGGAAGUGGACUUGGAUGAGAUCGCUUGCGUUCUAGACUGUGGACAUGCGCUGCAUAGCGUCUGUCUCGUCAGACAUCUCACAGCUCAGGCCAAGUGUCCAGCUUGUCACGCCAGUCUGAGUGCCUCUCCGCCCCACUCGGGCUCUAGUGGUCGAUCCAGAGCGCAGACUCGCGUUCAGGUCCAGACACAAGCGCAGGGAUAG